AUGCACCUCCACGUCGUAAUCGUCACCCUCGCUGCCGCCGGCGUCAUGGCCAGGCCCGCGCCCGGUUCGAAUGAGAUGACGGCCGGUUUUCUCGAGACGCGGUCCUCUCCUUCGGGCCAGAAGGGCUGCCCUGACGUCUGCAAGAAUAUCAAGCACGCAUUGGGACCCUCGAAUGGCGAAAUGGCAUUAUUGAUUUGCACAGCGAUUUGUCAAAAGAAUCCGACCAAAGGUCCGGGACAAGGUUCCGAACCCAAGAGUAAAGAUUCGACGCCCGCGGGCCGUUGA